AUGCCAUUAGAGAAAUCGCCAUACCAGGACCCACGUACUUUUAAGAUGACACCUGCAAUGAUCAGGGCCCGUCAACCUUUCUUUGUAAGGAAUAUGAUUGGUCUUGCUGCUUUGUUAGGUGUUUCCGGUGGUGUAUACUUAUACACAUACAAGUUUUUACAUAAGGAUAAUGAUUUCUCAGAUGUUCCAAUUCCACCUAUUGAUGAGAAGGAACUGGCUCAAUUAAAGAAAGAAUAUGAGGAACAUAAGAGACAAAGGGAUUCCAAAUAA